GCUCCGCCUCCGGCUCUGGGCGUUCCCGGGCGUUUCCCGGCGGAUCCGGGCGGCUCCGGGCCCCGGAUCGCGGACGUGACGGAGCUGCCGCCCUCCAGCCCCGAGGGGUCCCCCGGCCACAGCCCCGGCCACAGCCCCCCCAUCCGCAUCAAGGAGGAGCCUCCCAGCCCCACCCGGAGCCCGCGGCCGGAGGAGCCCCGGAACUCCGGGAAUUCCGGGAAUUCCGGGAAUUCCGAGACCCCCCUGUCCCCCUCCACCUUCAUCGACUCCAUCCUGCGGGAAAACGACUCCGGAGCCGCUCCCGGGAAUCCCCAAUCCCAGGAAAAGUGCCUGAGCCUCGCCUGCCUCGACAAGGCGGAGCUGAGCGAGCACCUGGACACGAUCGACUCCGGCCUGGAGAACCUGCAGGCGCUGCUCAGCACCCACGGCUUCAGCAUGGACAGCGCCCUGCUCGACCUCUUCAGCCCUUCCGUGGCGGUUCCGGACGUGACCCUGCCGGACCUGGACAGCAGCUUGGCCAGCGUGAGCUCGGAAUUCCGUGGGAAUUCUGGGGAAAAAUUCCGGGAAUUCCAGGAAAAAAAUCUGGGAAUUCCAGGAAAAAAAAAAAAUCCCCGCCCCCACGGAGGAAAAAUCCCGGAUUUUCCCUGGAAAAUCCUUGGAAUUCCUCAGGAAUUUGAUCCCAAAUCCCAGCCCGGCUCCGGGUUUUCCAUGGAAAAUCUCAGAGGGAUUUUUUUGGGAUGGAUUUUCCCGGUGGAAUUCCGGGAUUUUGGGGUUUUUUGGGAAUAAUUUGGGAGAUUCCCGGGGUUUCUUUGGGAUGUUUUGUGGGAAUGUUUCGGUCUCGGAAGGAGAGGGGGGAUCCCGGAGCGGCUCCGGAAUUCCCGGA